AUGCCACUGAAACAACCAGAGAGGUUGGUAAUCUUGAAGAGCACACUUCUUCCAACAUCCCAGAUGCUGGGUCUCAGUGACUUUGCAAAAGCUCCCCAUGAAAUGCAGUCUGGAUGCUGCAGGCAGUGGAUCAAAGAGACCGAUUCGGCUUACGUCAGGCUGGCAAAGCAAGGAGGCGGACCUGACCUCCUGAAGCACUACACUCCCGUGACAAGGAAGUCCUCUCUGGCAGCAUAUGCUGCGCCUGACUGGUACUUGCACUGCUCCAAUCCCCCAGCGACCAAUGAGCCACAGAGCUCUGUUUCCUCUCUACCUGAUUAUAUGAUUUGCAGAGAGUUCAAGGCUGAUGACCAUCAUGGUAAUAGUUACGAGAUGAGAAGAGGGCCUUUUGAUUUUGAUACGAAAAAUGUUUGGCAGCGGGAUGCUGAGGACAAGGAAAACGCAGAGAAAAAGAAG